AUGGGACUAACGGAAGAAGAGAUCAAAAGACUGCACAGAAUCCAGAAGACGUUGAUGCAGAUGCUCAAGGACCGUGGCUACUUUAUCGCUGAUUCUGAAAUCACGAUGAACCUAUCACAGUUCGUAAGGAAGUUUGGAGAUAACAUGAAAAGAGAGGAUCUUGUUACUCUCAAAGCUAAGAGGAAUGAUAGCAGUGAUCAGCUGUAUAUCUUCUUUCCUGAUGAGGCGAAAGUUGGAGUUAAUACAAUGAAAGUGUACACAAACCGGAUGAAGUCAGAGAAUGUUUACAGAGCCAUAUUGGUGGUGCAGCAGAACUUGACUCCUUUUGCUCGUACUUGCAUUAGUCAGAUCUCUUCCAAAUUUCAUCUGGAAGUCUUCCAGGAGGGGGAAAUGCUUGUGAACAUUAAAGAACAUGUUCUUGUUCCGGAGCACCAAGUUCUCACCACUGAAGAGAAGAAAACUUUACUUGAGAGAUACACUGUCAAGGAGACGCAGCUUCCGAGGAUUCAAGUGACUGAUCCAAUCGCAAGAUACUUUGGAUUAACACGUGGCCAAGUCGUGAAGAUCAUACGUCCCAGUGAAACCGCUGGUCGUUACGUUACCUAUCGUUAUGUUGUAUAA